UGUGCUCUCAGCUCAGACUUUACAAACUUCAAACCACCGAGCAGUAUAUCGGGGACCGCGCGCGGGAAAAGUCGUACCGCCAUCUUUAAAUAUUUUUUUUUUUGUCGAGUUCGAUUUUGAAAUUCGAAAAUGACAAUGCUUCUAAGAAAAAUGUGGAAGACCCAUUCCAAGCAUAAAAAGCUGUGCGAGGAAUGGGCUUUAGCUGAAUGUGAAGGGGAAGGCUGGUGGCGAGAGGCACGAGACUCGGGCCAUGGUGACAUGGACGUCAGAUACGCUGGAGCAGCUCCCGUCGAACGAGCAGCAUCAGCUCCCGCAACUGCACUCGCCGUCAAAUCAGCUUUAUUUUCAGCUAAAUUGUUGAACAAAAAGCUACAGCGGGUGAACUUGGAUAUAAGUGCUAAGGGCAUCGUCGUGAGUGACGCUGACUCACAGGAAAACGUAAUGAGCGUCUCCAUUUACAGGAUCUCGUACUGUUCAGCCGACGCGGCGAACGCUCGUGUCUUCGCAGUGGUAGAAGGAAGACCUAUCGGUGGGUCAGCGGAGAACCACGUGGUGCAUGUGUUUGUGUGCACCAGGAGACGGCAUGCGCGGGCUUUGGCACUGUCCCUUGCACACGCCUUUAAUGACGCUUACCAGGCGUGGCAAGCAAACCUAAAUCAAGGCAGUUCGCUCGGGUCAGACGGGAACCGGCUAGCCCCUUGGGUUGAAUAUGAUUAUUAG